AUUGAGUUUCGUUUGUGUUAAAGAACAAAGAAAACGAAGCUUCUCAUUCUGUAAGAAGAAGAAAAUAACCAUAUCAGAACAAAGCAAAGAAGAAGAUAACACAUAAACAAAGAUAAUAUCCUCUGAGUUAACUCGAACGAGUCUCUCAUAUACGAUUCUCUUCUUUUUGUUCUUCGAUUUAAUCCGAACAAUUCGACGGUUAUUCUUUCGAUUGUUCGGAUCUUGCAUUGCUGUAGCUCAAGCUCGAUGGCAUAGUGAAAUUUUUCUCUCGAUUUUUUCCUGCCAUCGACGUAUUCGUAUUCAUUCAAAUUUGAUCCAUCAAUCACGUGGUUUGGUUCAUGUCUUGUAAGUGGCGAAGGUCUUAUUAGGCGAGAUGGAGUCCAAUUUGAUGAUUUCUAUUACUUGGAGAGGAUUGAUCAUUAAUCUCGGGCAAUUAUACAUGAUGGUUUUUGGUUCUGUCACGUGAGCCUUUCCUCACCUCCUGAUGGCUUCAAUGUAGCUGUCAGCUAGUGUCUAUCUCCAAUCUUGCUUGAGUCCUUGAAUUCUGUGAGAUUUAAUACUUUUGUGAUCAUUAAUGACCGUUGGGGAACUAGAGAUUGCUUUCAUACAAGUGCCAUUGGCUCUGGACUUUGGCAACUUCUCGGGACAGGAGAACCUUUAUUCCGCUGCCAUCUCAGUUGCCCUCAGCAAAAAUCAUCCGAUUCCAGCCUCAGUUGAUGUCUAAUAAAUUUGACAGCCCUGUUCAAACCCAGAUGGCCGUGGCUGUAUUCCGUAGUCCGCUAGGUAGGGAGUACCUUGAGAAAAAGAGCAUGGGAGGAAGACAAUCUUCUGGCAAAAGAAGGGUUUUUGUCCAAACUGAAAGUGGGUGCGUCUUGGGCAUGGAAUUGGAUCGUAGUGACAAUGCACAUACUGUAAAGAGGAGGUUGCAGAUUGCCCUUAAUGUCCCAACUGAAGAGAGCUCACUUACUUUUGGGGAUGUUGUCUUGAAGAAUGACCUUAGUGCUGUUCGGAAUGAUAGUGCCCUUCUUCUUACACGUAACCUUAUGCACAGAAGUUCAUCCACUCCAUGCCUGUCACCGACUGGAAGGGAUAUGCAGCAAAGGGACAAGAGUGGUCCUAUUGAGUUAUUAGGUCAAUCAAGUAGCCUGGAUAUAAUGAAGCAUAUGGUCAAGGACAUUGUGAAGGCAAUGAAGAUGGGGAUAGAUCCAAUUCCAGUUCAUAGUGGCCUUGGAGGUGCAUAUUAUUUCCUGAACGUAGGAGGCGAGAGUGUUGCAAUUGUGAAACCAACAGAUGAGGAGCCUUUUGCCCCAAACAAUCCAAAAGGAUUUGUUGGUAAAGCUCUUGGGCAACCGGGUUUGAAACGUUCAGUUCGGGUUGGGGAGACUGGGUUCAGGGAAGUUGCAGCUUAUCUUCUUGACUAUGGUAAUUUUGCAAAAGUGCCUCCAACUGCCUUAGUGAAGAUUACUCACUCAAUAUUCAAUGUCAAUGAUGGAGUGAAUGGGAAAAACAUCCAGAAGAAGAAGCUGGUUAGCAAGAUUGCGUCACUUCAGCAGUUCAUACCUCAUGAUUUUGAUGCAAGUGACUAUGGGACAUCUGGCUUUCCAGUUACUGCUGUGCAUCGUAUAGGGAUAUUAGACAUUAGGAUUCUUAACACAGAUAGGCAUGGUGGCAAUUUGUUGGUUAGAAAAGUUGGGGCCUUCAGCGAGGUUGAUCUAAUUCCUAUUGAUCACGGGCUUUGCUUGCCAGAAGCUUUGGAGGACCCAUACUUUGAGUGGAUUCAUUGGCCUCAGGCUUCAAUUCCAUUCUCCGAGGAUGAGCUUUCUUACAUCGAAAAUCUGGAUCCUGCUCGAGAUUGUGAGAUGUUACGAAAGGAACUGCCUAUGAUUCGGGAGGCUUGUUUGAGAGUCUUAGUUCUCUGCACCAUUUUCCUCAAGGAAGCUGCUGCUUAUGGUCUGUGCCUUGCUGAAAUUGGUGAGAUGAUGACUAGAGAGUUCCGCAUUGGUGAGGAGGAACCCAGUGAACUGGAGGUUGUUUGUUUGGAAGCAAGGAAGAUGUUGGCAGAGAAAGAAGAACUAUCUCCCAGGACUGAUUUGAGUGAUAAUGAAUUUUUGUUUGAUAUAGACUGUGAUGUAGCUGGGUCGGAUUUCACUAUGAAGAUGACAAUGGAUGAUCUUCUACCUAAAGCACCUUUCUCACCUAGACUUGGAGGCGGGCAUGGUCGCAACCCACUUUCUAAAUUGCAUGAGAGCAUUGUGGAGGAGGAAGAAGAAGGUGAUGGAGAAUUUCCAGAGGGUGUUGUCACUUUUCCCCUUCAUGGAAAGAACACAGCGGUUUCAAAACUUUCUGUUUCGCUGAAAAACAUGAUGCUAAGUGAGACAAGCCAGAAACACCAGAAGCAUUCAGGAGGAAAGGUUGAUAAUGACUGUCAUGGGAAUGCAUCCUCUGGUCAUAGGAGUGCCAAUGAGCAGCUUCCUUCAAGCUCAAGCUUUGUGAAGCUGGCAGAUGUGACUGAAGAUGAAUGGACAACGUUUCUGGAGAAGUUUCAAGAAUUGCUGUACCCGGCAUUUGGCAAGAGGAAAUCCAUAACCAUAGGUCAGAGACAGUUACAGAGGCUUGGUACCUCGUGCCAGUUUUGAAGUUGAGGAAUACUUUGCUAUGAUAGGGAACUAUAGAAUGAAGAAUAAGGGUUUAUAGGUUGUUAGGGUUAAUAGGUUGUUGUUAGGAUAGUUCUGGUUUAUGAGUUUUUAAUGAAUGCCGGAAAAACUGCUGUAAAUAGGCUUGGUAUCUGUUGAAAGUAGACUUGGUUGUCUUUUGGUUUCAAUUUUUAUCUUUUUCUUCUGGAUGUCUGAUAAAUAACUUGUAGGAUAAAAUCUUGAAAUGAAAUUAUGUAUAUAAUGAAAGCCGUUGUUUCCUUUU